CCCUUAAAUUUAAAUAACAAUAUUAUUAAUAAUCUGAUUUUUAAUGAAACUGUGGAUCAAGAUUCUAUUUUUUCAGAACGUCACGAAAUUUUAAGAAUUACUGCCCGGUGGAACCUUGAACAAUACACGGAAAAGAUGACUAAUCAAAUGUGGGGUGAAUUCGAAGCACUUGGAGCUACUACAUAUCCCGAGCUUGAUGAGAUCCCAUCAAAUCAGAUAUCUAUUCGAGAGGCGACAAGACUUCAGAGUGUUGGAUUAGUAUCAUGCUCU